UGCAGAUCGCAGUGGAUCUUCAGACCAGUACGCAGCUGCUCAUCAUCCUGCUCUUCACCUCCGGGCAACCGGGCACCGACUGACACACCGGGUGGAGAAACGUGCAAUAUGCCCACUGCAGCAGCUCCAGCCGGUCCGGUGUCAGCUUUUCCGUCUCUGCCGGGAUUUACGCGGAGGAGCGGAUCAAGACUCCUGAUGUAUCCAAAGCGCAGUGAGCUGUAAGUUGGAGGCGCAAAGCUGGAAAACUUCUACUUUGGAGCAGUUGCGGUGUUUUGGUGAACGUGCUGCUGUGGUGGAGGAGGAGGAGGAGGAGGAGGGAAUCACCCGCACCUGCAGCUGCUGCCCGCCGCCUGCGCACCGUGACGCGCCGGGGAGCGCAGUGAGGACCCGAGAGGUUCCGAGUCUGAGGAGGAAGAAGAAAAACCUCUUGCCGAACAGAAUCUCCACCACUCUGGAUUUGCCGCUUUACGCUGGUGUGUGGUUACAUAACCCGGGGAUGACACCUGUCUCCCACCUCCGUCCUCGUCUGGGUCGGGUCGGGAUGGAUGUGGCGUCGUGAGGAGGCACCGGCCUGCGGAUAGUCACACUUCGGACUUUUCUGGCUCACCGAGUCUCUCCCUCAUGCAGCUCCUCCGGCUGGCCUGGGCUCUGACUGCCGCUGCGGUCUGCUUCCUGCUGCUGCUGCUCAUCCACAACCAGAUCCUGAGAGAAGGUCAGCUGGUGGCAGGAACCUGUGAGAUCGUCACUCUGGACCGGGACAGCAGUCAGCCCAGGAGGACCAUCGCCCGGCAGACGGCCCGCUGUGCCUGCAGAAAGGGGCAGAUCGCCGGGACGACACGAGCCAGACCGGCCUGUGUCGACGUGCGUAUCGUCAGGAGUCGACAGUGGUGUGAGAUGACUCCUUGUUUGGACGAUGAAGGUUGUAACCUCCUGGUCAACCAGUCGGGCUGGACCUGCACGCAACCAGGAGGCCGAGUCAAGACCACCACGGUCUCCUGACAGCGGCGGCGAGGACAGACGCUCACCAGAGAAGGACUGGUUCUCAUCGUCCAUCGCCCAUCAUCGCCAGGCGGACCUUCUGGUGCCACUGCUGAAGACAAACCAUCUGCCGCCAUCAGAGCUACAGGCGAGACACUGGCAGUCCCUGCUUUAUGUUCGGGUAAACUGUGGAAACUGCCAUCUAAAGUUCUUCUUUGUGGACUCAAAGUGACUGCUUGAUUUCCAGAGGAUAUAAAAAGAGGAUUAUGGCGCGCAAAACUCUGUUUAGUUUUUACAGACCAAAGAUGAUGAACAGAGCUGAGGAUGAGACAUUUUAAGAGGGACAGAGACUUUCACAACCCCUCCUUCCACACACACACACACACACACACACACACACACACACACACACACACACACGCAAACACACACUAAAGUAUUAUCCUUGUAAAGAAAUGAACACAUUGUGAUAUUAUACAGUAAGCGAAUUAACUGAACAAAGAAAAAUGCAUAUGAGUUAAUGAUAAAACAUGCAUCUGAAUGGGGAGAGAUGACGCUUUUGAUGUUUCUGUUGGAACAUUCCAGCUGGGUGUGUGCUCAACAUCAAUCUGUUGAAGUUCAAAAAGGAGCAAUCAUAUCAGGCAUUUUUGUGAUAAAAACAUAUAUCUUUGCGCACUUUCAGUAGCCACUUGAUAACAUAUUUUAAAUAUUAAAAUUUCAACUCGGGCAAGAAUAGUAUCUAAUGCAGUAACAGGUGGAUUUUAUGGAAAACUUAUGUAACCUAAAUCUUUGUAGUUACACACAUGGGUCAAAGACAGGCACUAAAUGAAUCUCAGACAAUAACAUGCAUCAUGAAACUCAGUUUUGGAACUCUUUGGGUCUAUUUGGAUGCCAUUUAUUGUCAACAUGAACUGUUUUAUUUAUAUAGUUAUGCAUUUUAUUAGUCAACUGAAGAAUGAGCCAGUGAACCAAUGAACCAACCUAUUAAAAUUUAGACGUAAAUAACGUGAUGUUUUUGGGAAUCCAAGGAUUCUUCUGAUGGACAGGUGACACCUCCACGAACACCAUGACCCGCUUUUAAAAAUUUGGCAUCAGUGUGCAGUGUUUCCACUUUUUAUCAUAAAAAAACUGCAACAAAAAAGCCUCCUGGCUCUUGUCUACCAGACUACAUUAUGCAUUACAUCAGAUUUGACAUUUUUUAGUGCCGCAUUUAGACGACAUGCAGUCAGCAUGGUGGGUUUUAAUGAAACAACAAGCAAACCAUUUCGCACCAAGCUGCCAUUUCUGUUUGAGGGUGGGGGGGAGAUUGCAUAACAUGUAUUUUCAAGUCUAAAGUUCUAUAUUUAACAAUUUCUAUGUUGUAUCUUUGUAGAAAUCCUUAUUUAACACUCAUGUUGCUCAUCAUCUUUGAACAGUGCUGUUGUUCAAAGCUUGCUUGCGGUUUCUGGCAGUUGCACUGUUUUUGAACAUAGAGGAGGAGUUUUCAAUAAUACUUUCUGAUAAUCCUCUUUAAAACAUUUAUGAGUAGUAACUAAUGGUUAAAGUAGUGACUGAUAAUUGGUUUACAUCAAACAUGAAAUAUAUUUUAAACAUUUUGCUAGGUCAUGAAAAAUCUGUUUUACUGACUGUCUGCAGUGAUCAGUAUUAGUAAGUCAUUAAUAAUCAUGCAAUCUAUUGCUGUAAAUGUCAUGUUGUUAAUGAAAAACUCUUAACAAAAGAGCUACAAAGACAAUUCAGGCAUCAUGUAGUAGAAUGCAAACUAGUCAGAAGGAUUUUUCACAACCUGGCAAGCCAAAAGUUGCUCUUAAGUGGCUUAUAACUGAUCCAUGAAACAUUAAUAAGUGAUUAAAUAAUGCCUUUGAAACCAUUAGUUACAACUUAAAAACCCUUAUAUGAAAAGUGAAAUUGUGUUUUCCUUCAGAUAUGGUAGGUUCAUGUACACCAAAUCCCAGAAUUCCAUGUUUCUAUAGGUCAUUGCCUUAUCAUCUCGGCUCAGUCUCCAUUUGCCGAACGAGAUUAAUUCACCGUCUUUGUUUUGAUGCUCUGCCAUUAUGGAACCAUGUUUUUCAUUAAACAGAAAACACAAGUU